AUGACUCGUUUCUUCUGCUGUGGAAGCUACUUCCCAGGUUAUCCUUGCUAUGGGACCAACUUCCAUGGGAACUUCAGAGCCACCCCCUUGAACUGUGUCAUCCCCCUGGGCUCUCCUCUGAACAAUGGCUAUGGCUACAAUGGCUACGGCUCCUUGGGCUACAGCUUUGGCGGUAGCAACAUCGGCAACCUGGGCUGCGGCUAUGGUGGCAGCUUCUGCAGGCCAUGGGGCUCAGGCUCUGGCUUUGGCUACAGCACCUACUGA